AUGCGUUUGAUGGACAACGGCUAUCUUCGACACAAGCGAGAACCUGGUGUCUGGCUUUUUGGACAGUUUGUACCACGAUCCUUUGCGAGUACUACGUAUACUUCUUCAUACGGUGGUAGUGGUGGAGGUUCUGGUGGAGCGUAUGGCGGUGCUGCAACAAGUGACUCAUCCUAUGGUGGCGCUAGCGCUAGCAACGAAGGCUACGGAAACGGAGGCGGGGGAACGGAUGGUGGAACAUACAGCGGUGCUGGUGACUCGGGUAAACUAGUAUCUCCUCCAGGCUACGGUCCCGGUCCAGUGAUCAACGCUGAGCCAAAUGCUGGAGGUCUUUGUUGUCCAUGUCAGCAGGGCCCUGUUGGACCGCCCGGACCACCCGGUGAUCCAGGCCCCGAUGGAAAAGACGGUGAAGCUGGCAUGGAUGGCGAAAAAGGCAAGGAUGGCCAGGUAUUUCAAUUUUUUUAA